CCGCAGUUCAGUUCAGUGCAGGUGGUGUUUCCGUAGGGUUCUUUCUUGGAUUAGGAAGCUCUGGUUCGGUUGUUAUCUCAAAAUGAGUGGUUCGAAGCGUGAAGAGAUGGUUGCGACUCCGUUCAAGCUGUGGGGUGGUCGCUACUCGAAGGGAACCGAUCACGUUCUGUCGAGGGUGAACAACUCGUUGACCGUGGAUAAGCGACUGUAUUCGGAGGAUAUCGAUGGCAGUAUUGCCUAUGCGAAGAGUUUGGCCGAAGCCAAGUUGCUGACGCAAAGUGAGUUCAAGGUGAUUUGCUACGGACUCGAGACAAUUCGUGAAGAGUGGAACAAGGGCACGAUCAAGUUGAUGCCUCGGGACGAAGAUGUGCACACGGUUAACGAACGGCGGUUGAUCGAGAUCGUGGGACUGCAAAUUGGAGGUAAAUUGCACACCGGAAGAAGCCGAAAUGAGCAGGUUGUGCUCGAUAUGAAGAUUUGGAUGCGCAAAGCUGUUCGCGACGUUAUGAAGCACUUGGGUGACCUGAUCAACGGGAUCAAUUCAGUGGCCGAGAAGUAUAUCGACGUCCUGAUGCCUGGAUACACUCACAUGCAGCGAGCUCAACCUGUAAGGUUCAGUCACUGGAUUCUGAGCUAUGCCUUUUACUUCAAGGAAGAUUUUGAGCGAUUUUCGGAAUUCUAUAAACGCAUGAACGUUCUUCCCUUGGGAAGUGGAGCACUGGCAGGAAAUCCAUUCAACAUCAACCGACACAAACUGGCCGACGAUCUCGGUUUCAAUGGGGUGACCUACAACAGCAUGAACACCGUCAGCGAUCGAGACUUUGUCGUGGAGUUCAACUUCCUUUGUACUUUGGUCGGAGUCCAUCUGAGUCGCCUGUCCGAGGAUUUGAUCAUGUUUGCCACCAAGGAGUACAACUUCCUGGAACUGUCCGAGGAGUACACAACCGGGAGCAGCCUGAUGCCGCAGAAGCGUAAUCCGGACAGUCUGGAGCUGAUCCGGGGCCUCUCGGGAAGCGUUUUCGGGCAACACUGUGGCCUCCUCAUGACCUUGAAGGGCCUUCCGUCGACGUACAACAAAGAUUUGCAGUGCGAUAAGAGCGGGAUGUUUGCCGUCUACGAUCAGAUGCUGCUCUCGCUGACGUUGAUGACCGGAGUGAUAACGACGAUGCGCGUCGACGAGGAGCGCUGCCUCAGUUCGCUCAGCUACGACAUGCUGGCCACCGAUAUGGCAUACUACCUGGUGCGCCGGGGCAUCCCGUUCCGAGAGGCCCAUCACAUCUCCGGCGAGGUGGUCGCCUAUUCCGAGAAGGUGAAGAUUCCGAUCAACAAACUGACGCUGGAGGAUUUGCAGGAGAUCAGCCCCUCCUUCGACGAGUCCGUCAGCAACCUUUGGAACUACGAAAACAGCGUCGAACAGUACACGGUCGUCGGGGGAACUUCCAAGAUCUCGGUCCAGGAACAGAUCAACCUGCUGAAGGCGUUCCUCGCCAACUGUGAAUGAGUGUCGUUGCUGUGAACUCUUGUUUGAAUCUUUUUUUUUGUUAUAGUUUAUAUUUUUUGGUACUCAGUGUUAAAUUUGCUAUGUAGUUCAUAUAAAAGUAUAUCGUUCUAUAUUUUAUGUAAAUUAUAUCGACUGUGUUGAUUUGUAGUAAGCUGUUUCGGCGACGAAAUGAAGCGGAAUUGCGCAAAUGAUAUUUUGUAAUUUAUAAUAAAACAAGUUAGUUUUAAUAUACUUUUAAAUAAUAA